AAAAACAUAACCAUCAGAGUGCUGAGAUUAGGAAAAGUCACUCAUUCAAAAAAGGAAAGUACAUUUCGGUAUGCAAGCUUCCCGAGAAGAGGUAGAAUUGCCAGAACGAUCCACAAAGGUGUGAGCAACUACCACUAUCAGCAGCUCAGGAAGACUCCAAGAGUAGAAAUAUGUGCUGGUAAUAUCACCAGGAGUCUUACCAAAGAUGUUUUAAAAUGAUCUCCUCGGAAGUGCAUAAAAGUACAAGACUCCAUAAUGAUGUCCCGCUGGAGCUGAUGCUCACACAAAAAAUAAUGGAGUGCAGCAGCAAUGUCUCUUCUGGUGGUUAUAUUCAGCACCUGCAGGUGGACCCAUUUGGAGUCCAUCUGUACAUGGAUGCAGGAAUAAACAUAUUGGUGGAGCAUCUAAAACAACCCACACCAGUUACUCUCCAUCUUGACGCUACUGGUGGUGUUGUGUCAAAGAUCCCAAAUCAAAAGAAAAGGGUGCUGUACUAUGCCCUUGUACUGCCAGGGAUGGGCAAAGAUACGCCACCUGUCCCUAUCUUUGAGCUUAUAACCAAUCAACAUUCUAUCCCAACAUUGACAUACUGGUUGAUGGAAACUUUGAGAAAAGUCUCCAAGUGCACAUCCCGCAGAGUACAACAGAUAAAGACAGACUACAGCUGGGCUCUGAUGGAUAGUGUGCUGCUGUCCUUCAACAAAGAGUCUAUAUCUGCCUAUCUGUAAAGAGCCCAUGAAGUCAUAGCAAUUCAGAAAACCAACAGUGACCUCCAUAAAUUCUCAGUUUUACACCUUUGCCAUGCCCACAUUGUAAAGGCUGUCUCACAAGGAUUUGGGAAAAGGACACAAGACAAAGGACUAAAGGAGUAUGCCACCUAUUGCUUUGCGUUAAUGUUGAACAGCACAAGCAUGGGUGAAGCCCUUCCUGUGUUCCAACACAUGUGUGUGCUUUUUGCUUCAAUGGAGGAUGGUGAUCUUGUACAACUUGCAAAAAACACUCUGGACAAAAGCAUAUCGCAUGCUAAACACAUCAAAGCAGAGAAUGUGGAAGAAGACUCAGAAGAUCAGUUCCAUGGUGAAAUGAACAUCAGAGCAAAGACUGUGUCAGGACAAUCUCCAUUCACCAGAGACUUUCAGGCUGUUCAUCAAAAGGCACAGUGUCAAAUCCUAUCACAGUUAAAAACAGGGACAAGAACAACUUUUUCUGUCCAGAAAUCAUCAAUGUUCUUUUUGACCAUUACUUAGGCAUAUUUCCACUUUGGAGUGGGAUAUUGUUUUGCAAUCUAACAAGAUAUGCCAAAGACAAACUCAGCAAGGCAACAACAGAAAUGCCAAAGACCCGUGACACUAACUGCCGAGUGGAGAUGUGGUUUUGGAUUGUUAAACACUCCAUCCUGCAGAAAAAGAAGUACCUCCGUCCAGCCGAUUUCAUACACAAAAUGUAUGGCUCUCUGCAAGGCAGAUGCAAGGAGCACAUCAUUCAAAAUAACCUACCAGACACUUUAAUCACAGAUAAACCUCCAGCUGUAACAGGCUUAGACCAAGCAGAAGAGCUAUGGGCAAAAAGAGACAAAAACGAGGGUACCACAAAGAGGAAAAGUACUUUGAAACACCAAAGAAAAUUCCCAUCCCAAAAAAGGGUCCCAGAAGGUCAAAAGGGCCAUACAAGACCACUCAGACAAUGCCUGCUGUGAGCAAUGCCUCAGACAGUUUAUCUGAUAGCACUUCCAAAAUAGCAGCAAAGGUACAAGCCCUGUGGAAGAAAAAGGCCUCUGAGGUGGUGGUUGCCGUCAUCCAUUCCCAUGGCAAAAGAGUUUCACACAUGUUACACCACUUGGAACUGAAAACUCUGCAGCCACACAAGUGGCUUAUGGGAGAGUAUCUGCAUGCAAAAACCAGCCAAGUAUUUGUUUUGGAUCCUGCUGGACAUGAUGAGAAGUUAGAUUCCGAACAUGCCGCAUCCCGAUUUAGAGAAUACUUCAAGAUGCGAAGAGCAUGCCACGGCAAAAGUGACUGGGUUGAUAGGAAGUGGAAAGGAGGGGAAAUAACCCACAGCAUUCAGAAGGAUUCCUUCAGCUGUGGUGUACUGGUGAUGCAGAUGGCAGAGGUGGUGUUGGACAACCUUCCCAAGAUCCCUCAAGACAUGAAGUUUGACACUUCGAAAAAAGCCAUGUCAGUCAAGAGAUGCCAGAUGGCAACAGACAUUCUGGAGUACUCAGUCUUUGAUGAAAACAAUGACUGUUCACUGUGCGAAACAGACAAGCCCCCUGGAUGUGGACCAAAUACAAUAUGGAUCCAGUGUGACUCUUGUCAAAGAUGGUUCCAUCAGGGAUGCCUUGGCAUGAAUACACCUGUCCUGAACAAAGUAAAGAGAAGAAGAUGGAAGUGUUGUCUUUGUCACUGACUGUCUUCUGAAACCCCAGGAGUUUGACACCAAUAUUGAUGAGGUGGCUGCUAUAUGUCUGCUGCUAUUUUUCUUGCAUCCAAAUAAUUUAUUUUAUUCAUUUGCUUAUUUAUUUAGUCUCAAUUCCUUUUAGCACAACAUUUUCUUUGUAUGGCUUAGAACAUUUAUUUAAAUAUUAUGGGGGAAAUAACAAUUAUGUGGCUUGUGUUCUGUAUAUAACUGUUUUGAAUGUGUUUGCAAUGUUAUUAAAGAGCUAUUAUACUUUAUCCUCUACAAUCUUUUGGUGUGACCAUGCACCUGGUCUUGUGUAAUAAAGCUAUCAGAUGAGUAGCACUCCAAUUAUUUGA